AUGCAAAGUUCAUCUGACGGGAAAUCCAAUCCAGGCAAAAGGAUCAAAGGCGCCCCAGACUAUGACGACGCAGGAUUUUGGGACGCCAAGUUUGUCACUGGACAAGACAUCGGUGAAUGGCUGAAUACCGGGGAGGUGCUUCUGGAUGCCACCAUUUCCCACAUUGAGCAAAAGGACCCAUUGUUAUUUGCUCAAUCGCGAAACAGCGCAGAAACCAGAUCCAGAUCACGAAUAUUGCACCUAGGCCCCGGUAUCUCCACGCUAGGGGCUAGAUUGUGCACGGCAUUUGUACAACGUGGCUGGCGAGCGGAUGGUAUAGUAAAUGUUGAUUUCUCAGCCGAAGCUGUUCGUCUUGGACGCCAAGUGGAAGAAGAGAAGGGCGAUCCUGCCCACGUCAUGGGCUGGGUGCAAGCGGACUUGUGCUCUUGGGAACAGGUCUUGUCUACUCUUUCUUCGCUUGCACCAGUUGAUGUGAUCGUGGAUAAGAGCACUAGCGAUGCUAUUGCUACAUCAGUGCCGCGAACAUUUGAUUUUCUUGCCGACGAAAACUCAAUGAGCCCCAUUAUCAAAGGCAUCAUUAACCGAAAUAAGAACAAGGCCCCUAUAACAUUAUUACCCGUGGAGUUGCUGGGACUGCAUCUCGCAUCUCUGACUCGGAAAGGAGCAGUAUGGCUUGUUCUAUCGUACUCGGCCACACGGUUCGAUAAUUUCGCGUACCUUCACGACCACUGGAAUAUCGCCUCGCGUAUGCCGCUCAAGGCUCCAGCCGGUCAAACUGUGUCUGCCGCUGCAAUGGUGCCUGAAGUUUUCCAUUGGUUCUAUGUUCUUGAGCGGAAGUAG